AUGGAAUUUUAUGAGCCAUCAUUUACGACGCAACUUGCGCCGCUCGUGAAAAUUGCUCUUGGUCAGGGCCCUGAAGCCAAAUAUCUCAGGUCUCAUCUAGACCGUGCUCAACUAUCGCAUCCAGUUUGGGAUAACGUGAUCAUCAAGAACAGGCUACUGGCAACAAAAUUCCAUAUCCGUUACGCAGCUUCGGAAAGUGAGAUUGAAACGAGCAUCUUGUCGCAUAAGUCUCGAGUGACGGGUGCACACUCCCCACUAUCACCAUUCAACACUCUGUCUGAUCUCUUCCCUAGCGGAGUGAUUUCAAGUAAGUGGUUUAGCAAAUAUGUUGAUGACGUCCCUUUUGCUGUUGUGUGUAGCUUCAGCCUCGCAAAUGCAGAAAAUGAUGCUCAGCUCGCAGAAACACUCACAGCCACCCGAGCAAAGUACUUGAAUCACAAUGUCCGAUUUGUGGCCAUUGUGGUCUCCUCUGCUACAGAUAGUGUCGGGAUACAAGACCGCAUUGCUCACUUAAGACAAGCUUCAGGUCUAGCCAAUCUCCUGGGACUUUUCCACUUGCUGCUUCUGGUGGAAUCCAUGGAGACAGAAUGUGAAAUGUUGGCCUCGUCUUUGCUCAAUGCAUUGAAAACAUCAGCAACUGAUUUCUACUCCGGAAUUGAGCUUCGCGUAAAGCAGAGAUUCAAGAAAUACUACACCAUGCCCAGAUCCGAGGUCAAGUCCAGUAUUGAGCUACUGCCAAAGAUCCUUGAAACGAGAAAUAUAGUCAAACAAGCUGUCCUUCUCCAAUUCAUGCAUCCGCACAAUAUUGAGUCUAGUAUUCCUUUAUUGGAGCAGUCUUAUGCUGGCUUGUUCGAGUUACUUGCGAAGAAUGUUGCCCACUUCUUUAGUAAGUCUAGAACUCCCCAUGACCGGAAAGUUUACAUACAGUGGCGCACGCUACUUGACAUUGUAGCCAUACAUCUUGUACGCGGAUACUUUUCUAUUGAGAGAUCUGUCUUGGCUAUGAAUAGACACAGAUCGCAUGUUCGAGCAGUCACAGAUUUAUUAUCUGCGCACUCACAGCACGAUAUCAGUAUAUGGGCCGCCACUCAGUAUCAUUGGUUUGCUGAGCUAGUGGAACUCGUACCAUACACCAUUUCACAAGAAUUUCAUGAAGCAAAGAAACCAAAAGAUCAAAUUGAAUUUCUUGGUGGUCUUAUUUUAUCGGACGGAUCUGUGUUGGUCACGAGUCCCAAUCUACUAUAUAAGAGAGCUGCCAGUGAGCUCUCUACCCUUGGAGACUCCUUUCUCAAUUCAGAACCUCUCAGCGACCGCUUCACUAGUAUCAGUGAUAUCCUAGCAUAUAAAAUAAAGCUUUAUGGACUGGCACAAGAGUCUACAAUGACAUCAAACUCUGCAUUUCUUGCGUCACUCGAUAUGCUUUUGCUUGUCGACAUUGCAGACACCUAUGUGGCCCUAGGUGAUUACAAGAAGUCCAGUCAUUUUUAUGAAGAGGCGCAGUCAAAGUGCACAUUACCGGCUUGGGCGGCAGUCUACCAAUCGUUGUCGAACAAACUAUUAUCAGCUGCGAUAAAUUCUGGAGAUUUGUCAACUGCUCUUAAACAGCUUGCAAAUCUUUCUAUUUUUGCAACACCCAUUGAGCCUCUACCAGAUUUCGACUUGUCAAGUUGUUCUGUCGUUGAUUUAAAUAGCCUGUCGCUGUUUGUGAAUGCAGAAGUUUCAUUGUUCAAUCAGUCUUUAAACCAUGAAGUGCGGGUUUAUGACACGGUGGUCACUCAAAUCAAGCUUGAAUCUGCUUUUAAUGCCGAAAUUAUCGAGAGAGCAAUUCCCGGUAGCAAGGUUGACAUAAUGCUAAACAAUGUCGUUGUCAAGUACGACAACAAGACAGUAUUCAGUAUCACUGACACUGGUAACCAGAAUGAGCAAAUUCAAUCCGCAACUUUGGAAUGCAAUAAAGCUGCGUUUAAUCUCUCAAAUUUUGGAGAACAUACGCUUGUGUUGCAAAUGAAGCAUGAAGCCUCAAAUACUGGAUGGCUACUGGUUACUGAGAUGUGUUUCGCACUCACAAUUGGAAUUAAGCUUGAAUCAGGUGAAUAUCAAUUCGGCAAGAAUGAGCUGGUGAUUGUCGAUCAGCAAAAGAUUGGACAAACUUUUGAUGUGUAUGCCCCAAAUCAGCAUGGACUAUCUAUCAGAACGCAAAAGGAGUUGAAAGGCCGGGUCGCCUGCAAAGUAUUUGUGAAACCAUAUAAACCCAACUUGAUGAUCGAGACUGAAUCCGAAUUCGACUCAAUUAUAAUUGGCGAGAAACUUGAGACAGCCGUCAAACUUGUGUUUCCUGAAAGUUCAUUGGCAAAUGUUGGAUGCAAAAGCGUAAAGCUUUUGGUUGAGACAAUAGUUUACGAAGACAUGAUCGAAACAAAAGAAUUGCACGCGCAAGCCAAUUGGGAUCAAAUGAAAGACGAUGAGCCAAUGGAUUUACUUGAAGCGCUUCAGCUGAAGACAAAGCAGCGCAAGCACAAUUUGCGCGUAUGUAUCUCAAAGUCUCCAAGCUCCAUGGUACCAAAGGAUAUGAAACUUAAAGCCGUGCUAUACUUCAAACUCAUUGUAACGAGUGCGUUGGCGGAAGUUUCAGAAUAUCAUAUCAAGCAACUAGAGAUAAGCGUUCUAGCAUGUCCUUUUUCGCCAAAGCUUACCAUCACGCCAUGCUCUUACGACGAUAAGACAUCUUCCAUUCCAAACCCUUUCGUGGUAAAACACAGCUCAGAAGGGCUUUCUAUGCCUCUCCUCUCGAGGGCGUGGCUGUUGAAUUCACUACUACAAGACAUCCAUGGUCUUUUGCUGUCGGGCGAUGUCUCUAUAACAGAAACUAAAUUUCAUUUGCGUUCCACUAAUCCUGAGGUAUCCUUCUCUUGGUUGAGUGAACUGUCGUCUGAAGACCUGACUCAUGUCCGUCAAUUCGUAACAAGUGGUAGAUAUCGCCCCACAACAACGAAUGUGAACAUGGUUGCAAGUAUAAGCUUCUCAUACAAGCGAAAUGGCUCCAACAUGGAAAACAAUUUCGAAACAAAAGACGAAGUUUUCGAUAUGCCUCUACAAGACCCUCGAGUCUUGGUACACGUUGAUCAUAUUGAUGCUCUGGUCCAUUUGUGUUUCACUAUAGAGAACCCGACAUCGCGGAUCGUCACACUUUCCACGGCAUUGAUCACAGACAUAGCAUUAAACAAGGGAAUUUCAUGGGAGUUUGAAGAUGUGAGAAAUGAAUUACCUUUAAAGCAAACAAUCACUCCUAUCUUGCCCUUUUGUCAGCACAAACUCGAAUACUUUGGCACUUACGUCACUGAAGCCAAUAACUCGAAUGUUGAGUUGCCCCAAUUGCAAGUCUACGACAUGCAUUACAAGUUGAACUUGCCUACAGUUGCACUACAGGCAAACGUGAAAGUGAUUGGUUCGAGGAUCUAUAUCAAGCAUUAG